UAGGCCCACUUGCAGUUCAGUGGCCAAUGGAGUGGCCCCAGUAUUAACAGCAGUAUUUAUGAACAGUUGUGCAGCAGAUUAGACCAGGACCGGGGAGAUGCAACAGCAGUUGCAGAUGUCGAAGAUGAUUUCCCAGGUGUCCCUGUUGAGGGCGCUAUGCUGCCUGCUGUUAAUGCCAGGUUUGCUAGAAGCAACAUCUCUGGUGAAAGUAAAGAAUCCUGGAGGGAAUCCGUUUAGCAUUGGCUCUGCUCAAGCACACGAUUUCUUGACUAAUUCUCGACCUAAGAGGAACAUUGACCCAAAGUGGUACCGAGGCACUCCUGAUUUUCAGUCCUACUACCGCUUCUACAACAGUAUUGGACACAUUGAAGGACUCUAUGAGAUUGACAGGAUCAGGAUGUUGUAUCAGCAGAUGCGUCACUUGGAGCUGACCUAUGGCCCAGAUGCCUCAAGUUACCAAAAUGUCAUGGGUGUACUGACUACCACUGUAGCGCCAACUACUACCACUCAGCCUCCUCCACAUCCCACCACCCCUGCUCCUACACCAGACCCUCUGGAGAAUGCUCAGAGGGUCUAUCUGUGCAACCCCAAAGAUCCACUGUGCAAACCUCAGAUCGUCUACCUGCCAACAGGGGCUGUUGCAGUACUGUGUGACCCACGACUCAACCCCGCCUGCAGACCCAAAACAGAGGAGGAGAUAAAAGCUGCUGCUCCUCCCCAGCUAACCCCGGCUCCAUCUGCUCCCAAAAAGUCUGUCCCACCACCCCCCCCUGCCAUCACUGUUAAAGGUAUAGAGUAUGACUGUGACCCAUACUGGGACCCUGACUGCCUCAUCGAUCACCCUCCCCGCCCUAUCCAGGACACAUCCGAACCAGCCACCCCUGCUGAAGAGAAAGUGGUGAAAGAGGAAGUAGCAAAAGCCAAGGAAAGUGUCCCAGCAGCACCAGCCACCCAGAAAACCCCCAACCCUUACUUUGACCCUUAUGAUUUCAAACGUGACCUUUAUGACCCCUUUCGUUAUGCCGACCCAGCUCCCGAACAGUAAAAACAAAGUUUUUAAGAAACUAUAGCCUUCUAUGCAGACUGUAAGUAAGACUACAAAAUGAAAUCACAAGACCAAACCAAGGCAGGACUUAAUCCAAUCGAUGCGAAUCAUCAAAUGUUUUACAGGACAGACAUGUAAACAAUGCUUUUAUGCUCAUAGUUUUUCCACAUGACAAACCACACUAUUACUUUGCUGUAUGUUUGUAUGGGUGUUUAUAAGAUAUGCACAAUAAACCUUUGUAUGGAAUAAAAACAAUAACAAAUAAUAAAAAUGUAUUGACAAAUGGUAA